AUGGCAGCCGCUUUGGUGACGGCGUUAACUUCGUUUUUGGCUAAUCUCUCACCAAAGUCAUUAGUUAGUCUCCGCAAAAACUGUAACUCUUGGAAAGCAACUCAGUCACAACACAAAACCACUCUGAUAUCCAAGACUGUUUGUUUGCAGAAUUAUUUCCUUCUCAUUUUGAUAUCUUCAGCACCAUCACAUUUCGGAAGAAGGGAUUUAAUUCGUCAAACUUGGGGAACGGACAAAACCAGCGUUCCUGAAUGGAAGACAUAUUUUUUAGUUGGACAAACAAAGAAUCAAACUGAUUCUGAUCUACUAAAGGCAGAAAAUAAAAUCCAUGGUGAUAUUAUUCGUGCUAAUUACUCUGAACACUACUGGAAUCAAAGUUUGAAAGUAGCGAUGGGAUUUGAGUGGGCCGCGAGAUACUGCAAAUUUUCAUAUCUUUUGAAGGCAGAUGAUGAUGUUUUAGUGAACACCAACGAUUUGAUAACUCGUUUACAACGCCCAUCCACACCAAAAAAUGGUCUGUACAUGGGGAAAAUAAACAGAAACGCUGAAGUUCGUCGCUAUGGCAAGUUCUCUGUUAGUCACAAAGAAUAUGCUGGUUCAGCUUUUCCAGAUUAUUGUAGCGGGGGCGGUUUUAUUCUUUCUUAUGAUGUGGUGGAGUGUAUGGUUCCUUCAUUUGAGGUGAUUAAUCCAUUUCGAAUCGACGAUGUUUAUGUGGGGAUAAUAGCGCAUGAAUUGGGUUUAACACCAGUACAUCACAGCUGGUUCCUGUUUCCAAAUUCUAAUUAUGAUGAUUGCUUUUUCACACCUAAUGUGCUUGUUCAACAUCAGGUACUAGGUCAGUGUUUAAUUCAACAGUUACACAUGCACUCUGUUGAUUUUUAUUCUUUUUGGUUGGGGUCGCACUAUUGA